AUGAUCCUUGUUAUCAAUCAAACGAGUAAAGGGUGGAAGUCUCACACUCAUAUGGAACUGGCGCGUUUCGGUACAUGUCUUGUUGUGGGUAGUAAGAAGCCGAUAAAAGAGGAUUCGGCUCCCCCCAAACGUAGGCGGGAUAGUGAGGUGGCGCGGGUGGAUUCACUCCCAUACAAGAACUUCCCUGCUGCUCGAUUUGCAAGCGUGGCAACGCAAGAGGACCCAGUCCUGAAUAAUCAUUCGCCCGCUUUGUGGUUGGAAAACGUGAAAACGGAGGCGGGUGAAGUGUCUGAGACUGGGGGAUCACCUCAAAGUGGUAGGGGGCAAGUAGGGGAGGAGGUGGAUGAAAUUCGUGAGGUUCCCAAGCACGAUUCUCAGUACUCUGGUAGAGAGGCCUGGGUGGCUGGGAAUAGAAAUUAG